UGACAAAUGUCAUUUAAAAAAAAAAAUUACGUGUUUUUAGCGUCGAAAUGUCAUUCGACUGCUGAAAGAGUGUGAAAAAAGAAAACGAAACUCAAAUAUGACUCAAAAUAAAUAGCUUUUUAAAAAUAAGACAGACUGUUUUGGCCACCCAAAAAUUAAAAUAAAAUAAAGUGAAUCGUGUUGAUUUAAUUCAGAUAAUUACGUGGAUAUAAGCCGUGCAUAUUGAAACGAAAGACAGCAAUUCGGUUUAAAAACGAUCGACAAAAUAAAUAUUGAAUCAGUGCGGUGAUCAUUGAAGACGAUAAACAUGCAAGUGAACUAUAUGCGAAUCGCUAUUUAUGCGUUAACCUUUUUGACUUACGCAUAUUCGGGUUAUGGUUCAAAUAUAAUCCAUAAUUUACGUGACGCAAUCAUUGCGGCCGAAGCAGUGUUUGGCGAUGUUUUCAAGAAUGUAAUACAUGUUGCGCGCAAAUUUCAGACGGUACAUUCGGUAUUCGAUGCAGCUGUUGAAGAAACUUGUAUUUUUAAGUGUCCUGGAGACGUGACACCGGUUAAGAAUAGAUUGUACACACCAUCAGCUAAUGGUUGUGGUUCGUUGGGAUUGAACAUUAACAAAGAAUACUUGCCGGCCGUUGAGAUGGAACAUUGUUGUAACGAUCAUGACAUUUGCUACGACACCUGCAACAAAGAUAAAGAGUUAUGUGAUAUAGAAUUUAAGAGAUGUCUGUAUAAUUAUUGUGACACACAUGAAAAAACGACCAUUGGCACGGUUGUUUCGAAAGGUUGUAAGGCCGCUGCCAAAAUGUUAUUCACUGGAACUAUCACCCUUGGUUGCAGAUCUUAUCUGGAUGCUCAGGCUCGUGCCUGCUAUUGUAAACCGAAAUCCGAAAAAGAAUUCAAAAACAAAGACUAUAAUAAAAAUCGGCAAAAAUAUUCAAAAGAUAAGGCACCGCCGUCGCCCGGAUGGAGAAAUGAUUUAUAGGGAUUUAGUUUUUUAAACGAUGCCAAUGACGAAUAUAUGGCAACGAAGACUUUUUUUUUGUAAAUAGUUCCGCGGCUCUCUGAGAUUAACGAAAUAUUUAAGAGUAAGACUCCCAUGACCCCUUAAGACAGCUUACUAGUCCAAAGGAAACCAGGUUGAUCAAAUUUGAGAUCAAGAUCUUGAUUAACACGAAAAUGUUUACCAUUUUAUUUGAAUAAAAAAAAUAUUCAUGUUCGGA